UUGCAUUUUAUUUUCUGCAAAACUUCUGCGAAAAGCUUUACCGUUUGCUUCCUGCGUGUGAACUGCUGCAUCAUUUGGGGAUUUUCACAUCAAGCUUUCGAAACCGAAAUCAGGGUCCUGACUUCAUUCCUCCCCCCUACUUCGUGCAAAGAUUGAGAAAAUGUCUUCAGAAGGAACAGUAAGUGUAGUAGGGAGUGAGGUGAUGCCCCUGGACUAUGGGAGCAUGGACUCAAAGAGUAGUCCAUCUCCAUCUAGUUCGAAGAAAACGGUGGAGGGGGUGAGAGGUGAUGAGGUGGUGGAGGUUGGGGGGAAUGAGAUGGUGGGGGUUGAGGGGGAUAGUGUGCCUAUCACCGUGGUAGAAGUAGAGGGUAAGGGAGAUAGGGGGUAUGAAAUAGAUGUAGAUAUAGUGGAAGAGGUGAAGCAGUAUAGAUCUGAACUUAGGACCAAGGAUAGCCUGGGUCACUUAGUGGAGAAUUACGAGAUCUCUUCCCGAGUGUUAGUUAGGCCAACCGGGGUAGAGGAGAGAGCGUGUUCUGCUCCUCGGGAUCAUUGGAUGCCUGUGUAUGCCCACUAUUUGAUAGCUAGGCUCAGGUUUCCAAUUCCUGAGUUGCUAGUAGGGUUGCUACUAGAUUAUGGUAUAGGGCUGACACAGUUAGUCCCCAACGCUAUGAGGGGGGGUAGCAGAAAGGAUAAGGGGUGCUUAAACGAAGAUGAGGAGGAGGAAGUGGGGAAGUUGGUGAGGAAAGGGGGGGAUUUACUGAACAUCAUGGACCUCACCAGCGCACAAUGCAUAGAAGUUGCUGAGCUCUAUGGGCCAAGCGCUUUAAGUGAAGCUGAAAUGGAUCAGUUUUUGAACACUGCUGGAGGAGUGGUCAUCCCCAAGAAACCAAGGAAGAAGUCAAAGACUUCAACCAAGCAAGUAGAUGAGGGGAGAGCUGGGAAGGAGGUAGUGCCCACCGCUUCAGCUGAGACGGAGGAGGAGUUGGAGGAGGGAGCUGAAGUACGAGCUCCCGGUAAGGGAAAGGGCCCUGUUCCCCCAAUGGCGUUUCAGAGCAGCCUGUUCAAAGCGAAAAACAUGACGGGGGCCAGGUGGUUCAUCAACACCACCUUCCCUGAAGUGGACAAACGCAACGCGCGGGAUGAGGCUCUGAGGUAUUGUGGGGCUUCAGUGGUGAAGCACGUUCUAGAGAGCGCGAGCUGGGUGAAUGGUCUAGCCCAAGAGUUCAUGGAUAGCGUGAAGGAGCGCUCCCUCUUGCAGAGGCAGUGUGACCAGCUGCAGAAAGAAAAGGAGGAGCUGGAGAAGAAAAAUAAAGAGCUGCAAGAGGAACUGAACGAGCGUGAGGCUCAGGCGAAAGAAAUAGCGCUGAUGAAGGAUGCGUUCGUGGAGCUGAAGGAGAAUGUGCAGAUGUUGGUGCACAAUGGGAUGAAGGAGCACAUCAGCAACUUCAUCAGCUCCAGUUCGUUUGACAACAUCGUCAACUUGUACCGGCUGCCCACUGCCAUCAUUGCCUUCACGGACUGCAGAAAGAAGGUGAAGGCUGAAUAUCCCGAAGUGGAUAUUACAAAGAUCACCUUCGGCGAGCAAGAAAAAGGAGUGGAGGAGGAUGGUGAGAGCAUGUCAGCAAACUUCCGUCCUCAACUCAAACUGAGGUGGGAGCAUGAUGCAGACGGACGUGCUGUUUUCCCUCCACAGUUCGACUUCGAGUUCGUUGCAGUGGAGGAAGAAGGGGCAGAGGUAGAGGAAGACGAAGUGGAGGCAGGAGUGGAAGGAGCUGAAGUGGAUGAAAGCCAACCAGUUCCAAAAGUGGAGAUUCAUCCAGUUCCUUCCAACGAUGAGCAGCCUCCUCUGCCAGACGAGCAGCAGCCAACACAGCCACCUCUUCCAGCUGAGCAGGAGCCAGUGGAGCCACCUCUCCCAGCAGAGAAAUAAUUUUGUUUUUUAAUUUUUGUAAAAAUUUUUAAACAGUUUGUAAUACCGUCGUUACUUUAAAUGAAAAUUCAGUUUUGAAAUCAUACGUUUGUGUGUGUUUGCUUUAUAUUUUUGUUAUUUUUUAUUAGUAAAAGAACUGAGGUUAU